UGAGACAGUGACAAUUAUACUUAACAUUCUGUAUCAGUUAAGUCUUUAUUUUUAUUUUUUAUCCUUUAUAAUAGUUUUUAGCCUUUAUAAAAAUAGUAUUUUCCUGAUUUACGUGCAUUUUGUGGUUCAUUGGUGCAGUGCCUAUACAGUAUGUAAGGCUGUAUGGUCAUUAGCCUCUCUUAGAGCUGAAGUGCAGGUUAAAAAAUGGAACAAAGUGUUGUUGAUCUUCACGUACUUGAAUUUUUUUGGUUAAACAAAUAAUGUGUAGCAAUUUAAAGCACAUAUAUAAUUAAAAAAAAAAGAGCUCUAGUCUUCAGAAGUUCCUCCACACCUUGUGUUUGUCACGGAAGGCCCCCGGGGCCCUCCGGAUUCGCAUUUGAAUACUUGGAGAGGUGGCUCGCAGGCACGCUUAUUUUCCGUAGAUUGUGUCUCCUUUGAAUGAUCUGUACUAGCGUUGCGCACCUGGACAUAAAACGUGUCCCUGACACCCUCUCAAAAGUCGUCCGGGCCACUCGGAGCAGCGGCAAAGGCUUGACGGACGUACAAAGCGUCCCCAGAGUCCCCUCUGGGUGCUCAGCUGCUCUGCUAGUGACAGUUGGCUCUUAGUGUGCUCUUUCUAACUGCUGAAUGGCUCAAAAGACUGGGAACCCUGAGGGGGAGGAUGGAGGAAGGCUGCUGAGGGGGCAGUGAGAUCAGGGUCAAUGACAUGCCAUCAAAGAGAAGCUUGUAGGAGCCUAAGCAACUACAUGUGCAAAGAGGCCAUUUAUGAGCACUGAGUACACUAGUGUACAGUAUAUAAAUGGUACAGUCCAACAUGAUCACCCCUGCACACUGAACUUACUUGGGAGUGCCCCUUUGCAGGGAUUGCUGGGAAGAAGAAGAGGAAUACGAGAUUGGGAAUUUGGAAAGGGAGGAAGAGGCAGAGGGACACUGAAGAGAUAGCGCCUUUUGAAAAUUUUCUGGCCCAUCUCAUUGCUGCCAUGGCUGACAUACAGGAGGACAAAGAGAAGCUGAAGAAGGGCGUUGUCACGGUGCUCAGGUGCUUGUCCACCAUCUCUUCCGCAGCAUCUGUGGUCAACCCCAUUUUUGGGGUAGCUGGUUCUCUCCUCCGGGUGGUACUUCAACAAGUGGAUGACGAGGAUAUCAUGAAGCUGAAGCGGGAGUUUGCCAGUGUGAACCGAGCCUUGGAUGAGAUCUCCCAGCAAAACCGCAACGCUUUGCUGCAGAUUAAGAAAGAUACGGUGGAUGGCCAGUACAGCCAUGUGGAAGAGAACCUGCGCAACCAGUUCCGCAAGUUUAUGGAGGUCGUGGAAGCCCAUCCCAGCUGCCGAGAACAAAAAAAGUAUGACUUUGAGCAGAGCUACGCUAAUGAUCUGGGUGACCAGAACCUGCACACGUUGUAUGACGGUGUCCUGGGGAAACGGAAACUCUUCAGCAAGCCCAUCUUGGAAGUGUACAUGAAGCACUCCGGAGGUGAUCGCCAGGUGAUGGAGCGUCUGUGCACUCGCCUCACGUAUCUCUUCUGCAUUGGCCUCAUUGCCCUCAUGGGCUAUGCUGCUAUCAUUGAAGAUGAUGAAGAAGGUCUAAGUGAAGAAUGGGGUGAAAAAAUGCAGGAUGUGCAAAGCAAGAUGGAAGAAGUGCUGAGGAGAUGCAAGUGACCCUACCCCCCAGCUGCCAACCCUCAUGCACAUAUUACAUGCUAGCACUUUCUAACCCUGCACCUGUUUCUUUCAGAAUGGAUACAAAGCAUUAAUCAGCAUAUUAUGAUACAGAAGAUCCAAUCAUGAAUUUAAAUACCACAGGUUAGCUAGGUUCUGAGUUUCGGAAAGAGUAUAAUAGAAAUUUUCAUUACAAGAUUCUUUUUUUUAUCUGAUACACUUUGAAUUUUUUGCUAGUUUCCAUGGGA